AUGCCCAGACUGCCCCUGUUCCUAGCCGCCUUUUCCCCUUUUCUCUCCCUCCUCCCACAAAGAGCCUCCUCCCACUGCCAACUGUUCCCCAAGUCUACUUGUGACCAGCACACUGCCUUUGUGCCGGGACAUAACUUGGCCGGGGAAGGGGUUGACAUCACUACGUUGCAAAGGAAGGGGGCCUAUUUGGUGGACAUGAGCCAAUGGCUGGACCCAAACGGGACGUGCAUUCUGUGCCUGAACCCUCUGAUGGAUGGGCAGCUGCAGCGACUUCCCCUGGCCGGGGUGGACUGGCGGGUACACGUCUCAUGCCACCGCCAAGUGAGCAGUUCCGUGGAGCACUCUGAUGUGGACGUGGCAAAAGCGCUGGCCGGGGAGGUGAAGAACAACUGGAGAAUGGAGCUGAAUUUGCCCAAGGAGAUGGAGUCCGUCGCCAAGGGCCAGGUGGUUUUAGUUGGGGCUCGCUCUCAGAUGGUCGUUUACGCGCAUGAGAAAGCCCAGCAAGACAGAUACAGCUUUGUGAGGCAUGAAGUCUCCUGCGAGUAUUACAGGCUCAGACUCCUCCCAAGACCCACCCUGCUGUCCCCCCACUUCUCCCAUGUGGUACGGAAUCUUCCCAGCAAAUACGACCCCGGGGAGUAUCAGCAUUUCAUCGACACCUACGGCACGCACUACAUCAGCCAAGCGCAGCUCGGGGGGAGAGUGCGCAACUUGCUGGCCGUGCGGACUUGCGGGGCAACCUUGGCAGGCUUGACGGCCUCCGACAUCAAGGACUGCCUGACCUUGGAAGCCUCUCUAGGCCCUGACUGGAUGUCCCAUUCCUUGAGCCUCAAAUGCCACGAGCUUCGGAGGAACCAAGCCAAAGGGAUGUUCUGGGAGGCCUACGGCCAGCGGCGCACAGAGGUGGUGGGAGGGGAUAGCCAGGUGGAGCUGCUGUUUGCAGAACCUGGGGAGAUCUUGCAAUUCUCUGAAUGGAUAGAGAACCUCAAAACGAGCCCUGGGGUGGUUUCAUAUUCCCUCCUACCGGUCCAUACUUUGAUAGAUCGAGGAGACCCCAGGAGGGAAGUGCUGAGGGGAGCCGUGAGGGACUACAUUGCCCAGAGGGCCCUCUGGAGGAACUGCACACAACAGUGCCCCGGCCGGAGCUACCCUAGCUCAAAGAACCCUUGCGUAUGCAUGUGUGAACCCGAUGCUAUUACUGACACCAUGUGCUGUGCCCGGGAGCGGGGUCUUGCCCACUUACAAGUCCACAUCCAGAAUGGAUCCGGCCUGUGGGCCGACCACUUCUCGGCCACCGACGCCUAUGUCAAAGUCUUCUUCCAAGGGCAGGAGAUGCGGACAAGGUUCAUCAAGAACAACAACCAUCCUUGGUGGUCAGAAACUCUGGACUUUGGGCCGGUCAAACUGACGGGCCUCAACUACAUCGAAGUGCAGGUCUGGGACAAGGAUAUCUGGCACGACGACCUUUUGGCAACCUGUUACGAGGGUCUUGUGAUCGGGGGGAAAGUCUGGAAGAAAUGUUAUCCGGCUCGUGGAGGGGUUGAGUAUUAUUAUGUGUUAGAGUGUGGGCCUGCUCUAGGGGGCAGCAGCUGUCAUGACUACGUUCCCCAGAAGCAACAUUAACCAGUCACUGC